AUGUUGAGAGAAAAUCUCAUUGUUGUGGGUUUCAUCACAGUCCUUGUUCUCAUCCACUUCCCUCAACCAUGUUGGUGUAAGCAGAAUCAUCUCUGUGACCUUUCUUCCUGUGGCAAUAUCCAUAACAUCAGUUACCCUUUCCGAUUGAAAGAUGAUCCAAAAAAUUGUGGUCACCCCAAAUAUGAGCUUGCUUGUGAAAAUAAUGCUGCAGUUUUAUACUUGGGUUUCCAUAAACAUAAAUACCUCGUUCAAUCUAUCAACUAUCCUAACUUCACAAUCCGCCUUGUUGAUUCUGCUGUAAAAAAAAAGGAUAAUUGCUCCAUUCUUCCUCAGUAUUCUUUAACCAAUUACAACUUCACUUUCCAAGAUCCAUAUAGCAUUGAAAACCAAUUUUCCGAGCAGACAAACAAGCCUGUAAGUUUUCUGAAUUGCCCAUAUCCAGUAGAUUCUCGUUUCUACCUGGAGAUAGGGCACUGCAUCAGUGGAGUUUAUACUGCAAACUCCUCUUUCUCCUCCUCUUCCAGAAUACACUCUUAUGUCAUUGUUGGCCGGUUGAUGGCAGCAGAAGUGAGAGAGAGGUGCAGUAUAGAGCUAAUGGUGAUGACAUCGUGGGCGUUUAAGGAUCAUAAUAAUAUCUCUUUUUCAGACAUCUACGAUGCCAUAGAAUAUGGGUUUGAGCUUUCAUGGUUCAAAACAGAUGAUUGCUCCAUUCCUAGCAUGCUAAUAGAAUUCAGGACUAGGCCAUUGCAUCUGUUAUUCGAGACUGCGGCAUUGAGUUUGUCAUUCAGAACUGCGCCAUUGAGUCUGGAAUUCGUUAUUGGGCCAUUGAUUCUGUCACUCUAUACUGCGCCAUUGACUCUGUCACUCGGAACUAUACCAUUACGGUUCGCCAACAGAUUCCCCAACAAUUGCGGCGGCAAGGGAAAUUUUUUGGUCAUCUUUUACUAUAUCCAGAUAGCCAUUAUGUUUAUCGUAGGACUGCACAUUGCAGCAAAAUUUCUAAUUGGGUUACCAAGCAUAUUUGUGUUCAUAAUCUAUAAACUGCGAAGAAGGCAUUUGUCGAUGUUUGAUGCAAUUGAAAGGUUUCUACAAAGUCAGAAUAACCUCAUGCCCAUUAG